AUGAAUAUGUUGGAUGAUGAAGAUGACCAAAGCUUUCACGCUACGCGUGACGGCUACUCCCAUUUGAGCGAUGUCGAAUGGGAUGCGGUUGAACGAAUGGGUUCGACCAUGGGCAUCCAUGCUGUUAGCGUCAUGCUAGAGGCUCUCAAUAGAGAUGCCCAACAUGCUACUAUCGCCAAGUUAAUUCAAAAUGAACUUGACGCAGAACGCGAGAAAGUAGCCUUGCUUCACCAACAAGGUUCUCAACAAGCAGAGUUGUUGAGAGAACAAGGUGCUCAACAGUUUGAACUGUUGAGACAGCAGCAGGCUGCUGCUGGCGGGUCGAUGCACUCGCGUCGGCCCGAGACUUUGAAGAUUGACAUCUCAAAGUAUAGGGGGAUCGAAGAAGACUCCCUCUUGAGAUGGUUCGUCGAAUUGGAUGACGCCAUAAGGGCGCGUCGCAUCGACGACGGGGAUAUGCAAGUUGCAUUUGCCCAGUCAAAUCUGGCAGGACGUGCCAAGACUUGGGCACUGGGGCUCAAGCUGCCACGACCCAUAUGCGUUUGGGUCGUUGGAAGUCUUCAAGUCGCGGCUCAGACAAACGUUUGA